UCCAAAGCUUUAAAAUGUUUUGCAUUGUGUUUGUGAAAAACGUUUCCUGCUUUUUGUCUCUGGACAUUUGCAAGUUGCCGUUAUGUCUAACCUUCCAUGUUAAUAACUUUAAACACUUCUCCUCCAGAUGCUCCAAAGCUUCCCUCUGUGUCAGUGAGUCCUUCUGCUGAGAUAGAGGAGGGCAGUUCAGUGACUCUGACCUGUAGCAGUGAUGCUAACCCAGCAGCUACAUACACCUGGUACAAGAAGAAUGGAAAAGCAAACAUUCCUCUUCUCAGUGAAGGAACACAAUUUGUCUUCAGCUCCAUCCAGUCCUCUGACUCUGGAGAGUAUUUCUGUAGAGCUGAGAACAAGCUGGGGAGGAGGCCAUCUGCAAACACCUUUAUUGACGUAAAAUAUGCUCCGAGGAUUCCUUCCUUGUCAACACUCUCUGGUGAGAUAGAGGAGGGCAGUUCAGUGACUCUGACCUGUAGCAGUGAUGCUAACCCAGCAGCUAACUACACCUGGUACAAGGAGAAUGAAGACCCUCCAAAAGCUUCAGGACAGAUCUUCAACAUCACUGACUUCAGAGCUGAACACAGUGGGAGUUAUUUCUGUGAAGCCCAGAACAAGUUAGGACGUAGCAACUCCACCUUACAUCUGACUGUUGUGGCAGGUACGUUUUAUGCGUUCAUCUACUACCACACACACUUAUCAGCUUGUUUGUUUUCAGUCACAUUGUCUUGUGCCCCUAGGGAUCACUGUUUCUCAGGAUCAUGGAAGCUACUACCAGCUGCUGUAACAAUCUCUGUUGUUCUCCUGGCUGUCAUUUAUCUCUCUGUCUUCCUGUGGAUCAGAAGAAAGAAGGCUUCCAGGGAUUUGUCUGAGAUUGAAGAGAGAGCGGACAAUGGGGAAGAGUGUGUACCUGAUCAGCCGGAGCAGCAGGAGGACCUUCAGUAUUCCAGCGUUCACUUCUCCAACAACCGGGCAGACCCUCUUUACUCCAACAUGAGAGCAGCUCAGCCCCUCAGACACACGGAGCAACAGGAAGUCCCGGAGUACGCUGCCGUCAAGUUCAGCAGUGCUGCCCCGAGGACCAGAGGUCAGGACUCUGAAGAGUAUUCAUGUGCAUUGUACAGCACGGUCAACAAAUCCCACUGAACACAGCAGGCGUUGCUUUUGAAGGAUGAUACUUCAGUUUUUUACAAUCACAUUUCUAUGUACACAGGGUAAUAUGGAUUUUUUAAAUACAUUUCUCAGGGUGGACCUUUCCAAGAAUGAGGCGAUGAGUUCUCAGCCUAGUUUUUAUUAAUCUGAAUGGCUUAACUGUAAAGAUUGUAUUAAGUGUUUCAAAACUUAAAGGUGGGGUAGGUAAUUUAGGAGAAACCAGCUCGAGUGCGCUCUGUUAGUACACA